CCUCUAAAUUCCUAUUGCCCCAAAAAUUCUUUCAAUAUCAUAAUUACCAAAUCGCCCUUCCCAUGGAUUCAUCGAAUCUCACUCAAUUUAUACUCUCAAAUCCUUUGACUCAACACCUUUGCCACUCUUCGUAAUAUCUUAACAAUCCGUUACCCUUUUACGUCAUUUCACUUCUCAACAAACUUCCCAACCCUAUCCACUCCACUUUUAUUUCACUUUCUCUCUCACACAUUUCACCAAAACACACAGUGACAAAACCAUUAGCCCCCUCCUUCAAAAAGCCUGACCCCCUUUCAAAGUUUUUUCUUCAAAUGGAGAAAGACCUCUAAUGGCUGACCAAAUUGCCCUUGGAACUCAUCUAAAAGUACAAACUUACCCUCUUUUUUCCUAGAUUCCGUCAACACACCGUCAAAGAUCCCCCACCGCCACCGCCACCAGACUUACUCUCGUUUUCGCCGGAGAAGAUAUUCUCCGAUCACUUUCUUUCAUCGUACUUGAUAUAGAUAUUGCUCUACGUAUGGAGUAAGGUUGUACAUUGAAACAGUUUGUGGAGUGAUGGAUUUAGUUGAAGGAGUUGGUGAAAGCUCUUCACCGCCGAGGAGUUUUGGAGGUUUCAGCGGCAACGAGAUAGUGAAUGAUGUGUAUAAUCGGUUACUGGAGAUUGGAAACGAAGAGGCUACCGCUCAUCCUGAAUUUCGUGAUCAAUUGGAAGCUCACUUCAAUCGAUUACCUGCUAGUUAUGCCCUGGAUAUCAACUUGGAUAGAGUUGAAGAUGUAUUACUACAUCAGAAGCUCCUUGUUUUAGCAAAGGACCCUGAGAAUAGACCUGUUUUUCAUGUUCGCUUUUUAGAGAACUUUGGGACUCAAGCAGAUGAAGAGCAACAAGAAUUAACUGUAGGACCUGAGUUAUCACAUGACAGAAAGCCUGAGAUGGAUUUUGAAGCUUGUUCUAAACUUGAGGACUUAAACUUGGAGGUCAGAAAAACUUCUCUUGAUAAGGUCAAAGAGAAUCUUGAUGGAGACUCUUUCAGAAGGCAGGAUGAUAUCCAUGUUCCUAUUCAUGAAGUGAUAUUUUCAGCUGUUGAUAAGCCUAAGCUCCUUAGUCAGCUUUCAGCUUUGCUUUCUGACAUAGGACUCAACAUACGUGAAGCACAUGUGUUUUCAACAACUGAUGGCUAUUCUUUAGAUGUGUUUGUGGUUGAUGGUUGGCCUCUUCAGGAAACAAAGGCUCUACAUGUAGCAAUGGAGAGAGCAAUUGCUAGGAGUGAGGGUUCAUGGUCGGGUUCUAAACGUUCAAAAUCAGCAAUAGAGAGAGCAGUAGCUGCUGAAGCUAGUUUUGUAGAUACAGAGAUAGAUAUAAGAUUACUCAAAAUUGGAGAAAAAGUUGCAUCUGGAUCUUGUGGUGAUCUGCAUCGUGGUGUGUAUGUUGGUCAGGAAGUUGCUGUCAAAAUUCUUAGAUCUGAGCACCUGAAUGAAGCAUUGGAGCAUGAAUUUUCACAUGAAGUUACUAUUCUUAGGGAGGUUCGUCAUAGAAAUGUUGUUCGUUUUAUUGGUGCUUGUACAAAGCAGCCUAACAUGUGCAUAAUAACAGAAUACAUGCCAGGUGGCAGCCUUUAUGAAUAUUUACAUAAAAACCACCACAACUUGUCCCUUCCCCAAUUAGUUCAGUUUGCUAUAGAUGUUUGUAAAGGAAUGGAGUAUCUACACAAGAGCAAUAUCAUUCAUAGGGAUCUCAAAACUGCAAAUUUGCUCAUGGACAGUAAUAAUGUUGUAAAGGUGGCUGAUUUUGGGGUUGCGCGCUUUCAAAAUCAAGAGGGAGUUAUGACAGCUGAGACUGGAACAUAUCGAUGGAUGGCUCCCGAGGUCAUAAAUCAUCAACCAUAUGAUCAAAAAGCAGACGUUUUCAGUUUCGCGAUUGUUUUGUGGGAGCUCGUCACAGCCAAGAUUCCUUACGAUAACAUGACACCAUUGCAAGCAGCCUUGGGAGUAAGACAGGGGCGUCGACCGGAUCUUCCAACAAAUACACACCCAAAGCUUUUGGAAUUGAUGCAAAGAUGCUGGGAAACUGAUCCUGUCAACCGCCCUUCUUUCUCUGAAAUCAAAGUUGAAUUAGUAACAUUUCUCAAGGAACUUCAGAAUUUACAGGAGAAAGGUGAGACACGAGGUGAAAGUUGAGUAUAGGAAAAUUGCGUAAUACAGUAUGUAGAUGAAUACGAUUGUAUAGAGGGGUUUUUCUUAAUACAAAAGAGACAACUAAAAGAAAGCGUGCGUGUAAUAGAAUCAUA